AUGGAAGCUCUCUCACCUCGUACAACCAACCAGAUGAUCAAACCCAAGGCCCCCUUGGACCGGAAAAUGGGGGAUAAACAUGCCAUUGCCAGCGCCGCGCUAAAGUCUUCUUCAGCUUCAAAGAACCAUGCAGACCCACCCCCAUCAACAGUCACAGAGCCCGAGGAAGGUGCAGAACAAUACUCCAUCGGCGGAUUUCUGGGAAAGGGAGGGUUUGCAGUUUGUUACGAAGGGACACUGGCACGGAAUGGUCGCGUGUUUGCGAUGAAAGUCGUGAAGUCGCAAAUGCCACAGAAAAAGAUGGAAGAGAAGUUUCGAACGGAGCUUCAAAUCCAUUCGAAAAUGCGCCAUCCCUUCAUUGUCCAGUUUUAUCGCGCCUUCGCCUUCCAACAGAACACAUACGUGGUUCUCGAGCUAUGUCAGAAUGGCUCAGUGAUGGAUAUGGUUCGAAAAAGACGGUCUCUUACUCUCCCAGAAGUGAGACGGUUUAUGAUUCAGUUGUGCGCAGCAGUCAAGUACCUGCAUAAGCGAUUCGUCGCACACCGCGACUUGAAGAUGGGGAAUUUAUUUCUCGAUCACAACAUGAACCUAAAAGUCGGAGACUUUGGUCUUGCCGCAAUGAUUCUAUCUGACAAGGAUGCGAAACGACGAAACACUUUGUGCGGAACGCCUAACUAUAUUGCGCCCGAGGUUCUUGACAAGAGCAAGGGCGGCCAUACCCAGAAAGUCGAUAUUUGGUCAUUAGGCGUUAUAUGCUUUGCGAUGUUAACUGGAUAUCCACCCUUCCAAUCAAAAACACAAGAGGAAAUUUACAGGAAAGUCCGAAACCUGACCUACGUCUGGCCCAAAGAAUCAGAACACUCCAACUUCAUUCCUGAAGAGGCAAAGGACCUAGUCAGUGCCUGUUUGAACCUAAUUGAUGAAGAACGGCCCGACCCCGAUGAUAUUGUUGAGCACCCUUUCUUCAACAUGUACGACGGUUGUAUACCUCGUCAAUUAGACCCAGCAUGUCGAUUCAACAAGCCAAUUUGGCUCAAAGAUCAAUCCCCCCGCGGUGAUUCUAUGGUAAAGGGCUAUGGACUUGACUCGGAUGAGAAGCUUCGUGCCUACGUACAUCAAGUGGAUGACCCCAGUCAAAGGUAUCACUCAUGCAAGGCCGCGUUCUACUCUCUGUGUGGUGUCGGGCGGAAGCCUGAUGGAACAGCCCGAAAGUCUGUUGGCCGCAAUUGCUCGAAAUCGGCAUACUCGGAGUGCGAAACAGAGGACGCCAGAGGCCUUCGCCCCGUUGUGCCGCUAUCCAUGGAUUUUGUGUAUCGAUGGCCUCAUGAGAUUGAGGGUGAUUGGUGUCUGAUGGAGAGCUCUCGUAAAACGAUUCGCACAGAAGCGUCCGUUCUCGACAGCAGCACUUUAUCUCGGCGCAGCGUAUCGGUACGAACCAAUGCAGUUGCGACCACUCGAACAAAUGCUGCUCUUGUGGCUGCCCAGCAGCGGAGACUGGAGGGUCAGAAUCUCGCCGCGACCCUUCGACAGCCAGCUCGUCCGGGAAUAGCCUCCAUUCGAAAGGCACCAGGCGUAUCUGACUUUUCAGAGUCAGCCGCCGGGCCCUACCGCGACCCUAAGGAUUCCGAACCUACGCCUUCUUCCAUCACCGACGCAACCUCUGGCGGGCUAGCAGAGCGCCCAAUUCGCACGCGGAGAAUGGUGUCUGUUUCUAAUGCGCCCACUCUGCGCGAAGCUGUGGCUCCCCAAAUGGCCAAGUCAACUAGCAUGCCUUCUGGACUUACAAUUGGCAAAACUCGAUCCCAAUCUCGUAGAUUGGAAGCUGCCAACCAAGGACCGCAUCCCUCCAUUCACACUAGUGAUGUUAAAAUGUCCGCAGUGGCAGAACAGCGUCGCGCGAUCAGCCACCAAGCCUCUUUGCGGUCAGUGUCUCGUCCAGACCCGAGGAUCGCCGCUGAGCGAGUUGAACAAGCAAAGCACAGCCCAACUGAAACAGCCUUCCCCUCGAACCAGCACACCAGUUCCACGGCACCAGCUGGAAUUACUCGGACAGACAGCAAGUCAAACAAAGCUCGCUCUAGCCUUGGACUGAGCCCCAUCUUCCAUCAAGAUGACAUCUGCCAGGAUCUGCCCGGCACUUCAAUGACUGAUGUGAACACCAAUUUGCGCCUCAUGUUGGCGAACCUGGUCACCCAAGGGCCCACCCGGCGCCGGGUCGGCUCUAGAAAGCAACCCCACGCGUAUGUCAUCAAGUGGGUCGACUACACCAACCGAUACGGAAUUGGAUACGUCCUAGACGAUGGCAGCGUGGGAUGUGUUUUUAAGGGCGAGAACGGCCAGCCUGCGACGAGCGUGGUGGUUCGAGAUGGUGAGCGGCAUAUCCGCCGCAAGGCGCGUAGUGUCGAUACCCCCGAGGAAAAGGGUAUUCCUUACUCCGAGGCAAACCAACUUGUUCCUCGUGCUGGUGAGCCGGUAGAGUUUUACGAGAACCGCGAUGAUAAACUGCUUGGGUGCCGUGGCAUUCGACGAGCCUUUAUCGAUCCGUCCCUCUUCGAUGCCAGGAACUCGAAGGUGAUGAAGCUUCGUGCUAAUUCUGGAUCCGAAUCUGAGAGGUCAGACGCGGAGAAGAUAAAGCGUGUGAAGCUCGUUGAUCAGUUUGGCAAGUACAUGAUCGGGUCUCUUGGUCGCCAUGGCGAUGAGGGAAUCACCGAUGAUGCCCCUGCUCCGACAAGCGGUCAGUUCAUCAAAUUCUACCAGCGACUGGGUAAUGUUGGCAUCUGGGGCUUCGGUGACGGGGCUUUCCAAUUUAACUUCCCCGACCACACCAAACUCGUUAUCGCGCCCGGUCGCACUCGCAGCUCCUCUCCAUGGAUUGAUUUUUACCACCUCUCGCCGUCGGCAGCUCGGUAUUUCACCACCAAGGGCAAGAUGCACCCCUCGGGCUUUGAUACCCGUGCGGUUGCUUCAGAUGAAGCAGCUACCUUCCUCAGCAUCGCCAAUGGGGAGUCAAUCAACUCCGUCGAGGACCGUAUUCGCGAGAUUCUGGAUGCCAACUCGUUCUUGCAGAAGGUGAGCUUCAUCAAAGACGUCCUGAAAGGCUGGAUGACAUACGGACGUCUUGGCGGUCGCCCGUCUCCCGAUCGCUCCGCCUCCGCAGAUGAGUUGAUACCAUCCGAGAUGUUCUGGCAGGGCACCCAGGAUCGUUCAUCGGCCGGAAGCCACGGGAUGAAGUUUGUCUGGGUUACUGUCGGUGCACCGGAUGGCGAUGGCGCAUAUCGUUCGAUUAUGCUGAAAGACAGUUAUCAGGCGAAGUCCGACAAGCGGUCUGGGCUGGAUUAUGAUAAAGAGGUUGAUAUGCUCAAGGAGCGGCUACGAGUCAUGGGCCGCGAGUAA